UUUAGCACUCGAUUUGUUAACUUAAAUAGUCUGACGUAUAUUAUUUUUAUGUGCCAUACAAAAACUGAAAAAUGCCGUUUAAGUAUAGCUACCUUCUGCCGAUUUUUCAAGGAAUUCAUUACGUUUUGACUUUUACUGCAACUUAUACGCUUGCUGCUUUUGUGAAUAAAGACAUUCCUUCUUUUUUCCCAUACGUAAGCGACACAGGAGCACGGUUCAUCCAAAGUUGCAUAUUUUCCUUUGGAUUAGGUCUUGGAUCACUGAUAAUGUUUCUCAUAUUUUACUUGAGGUACAUCCAAGUGAAGUUUAUUCUACAAGAGAAUAAAGAGUUUCCUAUGAAACUAAGAAAACUAAAUAAAAUCUCAGUUUAUACUUCCGCUAUUUCCACACUGCAUGUUUUUGGAGUGGGUUGUUUUCAAGUCUAUCCGUAUUUGUACACCCAUUUAUAUUUCGCCGGAAUGGCAUUUCAUUUUGGGCUCCUGAGUAUGGCAUCCCAGACAUAUAUUGCUUUUAAAAUAUAUCCAAUAUUUGGAAAUAAAAUCCUGAAUCUAAUUCGACUUGUCCUUUUAAUAAUACUUUGUCUAGCAUUGGCUUCAACUGGCAUAUUUGGCCUUCUAUCAUUUUUGAUUUUCUUUAAAGGAGACGAUGUGACGCAAUGGACAAGACUCUCGGGAGGAUUUGAGCUUCAUUUGAUAAGUACUUUCAGUGAAUGGAUCCUUAUUAUGGGUACAGUUUUAUUUCUAACUUUGUAUGCCUUCGAAUUUAAAUCUUUUGAUCUUUACGAGCCAAAAAUAGAAAUGACAGUUGAUAAAACUGUGGUUGAUAUUUAAAAAAUAUACCUAGCUUUGCAACGUAU